CAUAUACAUUUGUUAAUCAGUGAUAGCCAUUUUUGUUGGUUGCUUAUAUAUAAAUAAGCUUGCGUCUGCAAGAAAUACAUUCGCUGAGGCAGCGCAUUAGGCAACCACAUCAUCGACUUUCACCGUCUCGCGGAGAGCCUCCUUCACUCACUUCCACGCAUUCUUUGGGUUCUUCUUUUCUGUCUGUCUACCACCGCUCACGUACUUCGCCAGCUAGAGCGCAACUGGUGCGACGUGCUUCGCUUGAUUUACAGUUUGCGGACGCAUGUGAGUCGCAGUGCCACGUUCAAUGGAGAUGCGGCGCUUACUGAUAGCGUCGGCGGCGUGCGUCUUGCUCGCCGCCUGCGUCUACUCGCAGUCGACGAUUCCAUGGUACGAGGAUCUUCCAGCCGUCGCCAUGGACUACAAAGUGCACGUCGAUCCAGGCAAGGAGGACUGCUACUUUCAAUAUGUGAACACAGGAGCGACGUUCUUCGUCAGUUUUCAAGUAUUAAGAGGAGGUGAUGGAAUGGCUGGUUUUGCUGUCCGACAUCCAUCCGGCAAAAUCGUUCACCCAUAUCAAUGGAAAGCCAACGGCGAAUAUCAAGAUCCCAAAUCCGUUGGCGGAUAUUAUUCGGUCUGUAUCGACAAUCAAUUCUCGCGUUUUGCUGACAAACUAGUAAAUCUCUACAUCACUGUAGUGCGCUAUGACAAAUGGGAGCAGUACACCAAGGAGAUUGAAGAGAUCAACAUGAAUAUUCAAAACUUUACCGGAACAUUAAUGGUAGUCGAGCGGAAUAUCAACGACAUGCAGCAAACACAGCAUCAUUAUCGAUCGCGCGAGUCACGCGACUAUCACCAGCUGGUCACCAAGGACAGCUACGUGCUGUGGUGGUCGUUCGCGCAGAUCAGCGUCAUCGUCAUCGCAUCAUUCGUGCAGGUCUACUUCGUGCGCAAACUAUUCGACACGAAGAGCUCCGGUUACAGCCGUGCGCGAAUCUAAAACACUUCCAAUUGACUUCCUCACCUCUCGCAAGUAUCUGUAGGUGAACAAGAGUCAAUUACCCAUCGGCUCGAAUGAGAUUAAUCUUUUGAUAGCGAUUUACUUAUGAAAAAUUGUGAUCAACGUGCAAGAAAUGUUUAAUUUUAUACUGACACUCGAAUCUACGAACGAGUUUUAUCAUUAUUGAUUGUUUAUAAAUAUUUAUAUCAAUUUUUUGUGUGAUCGAAUCGUCUUCACCCACAAAAAACAAACAGAAAAUAAAUUUUAUUCUAGUUA